CCCCUUUGGACACGCGUGGUUACUUUUUUAAUUUGGCCGCGUACUGUCGUUACUUUAAUUCUCACAAAUCUCCAAUAUAUACCACCCUCCAGUUUCACUUGUUCAGUACACAGAAAAACACAGCGAAACCACUCUUCUUCUAUCAUGGAAAAACACACCGACUGUAUUUGGAUUUGGCUUCUGGCUUCCAAAUGCAGCACUUUCUCAUCCCAAAACGCCAUUUUCGUUUCUCUUUUUCUUUGCAUGGUUUGGUUAGUCAUGGCACUCUGCUUCUGGACACACCCUGGAGGUCAAGCCUGGGGUAAGUAUUAUUGGCGCAAGAGGGGAGCCAGAGGAACCAAGCCCAUCCCAGGACCACGAGGCCUCCCGGUCAUUGGAAGCAUGAACCUCAUGGUCAAACUGGCUCACCGCAAGCUCGCUGCAUCUGCCAAGUCCUUUGAUGCUAAGAGGCUUAUGGCUUUUAGCCUAGGCGACACUCGGUUCGUCAUCACAUGCAACCCUGAUGUAGCAAAAGAGAUUCUGAACAGCUCCGUCUUCGCCGAUCGUCCCAUGAACGAGUCUGCUUAUAAUCUCAUGUUCAACAGAGCCAUCGGGUUUGCUCCUUACGGAGUUCACUGGCGAACACUAAGAAGAAUCGCCGCAACCCAUCUGUUCUGUCCGAAACAAAUCAGCUCCACCGAGGAGCAGCGGUUCCAUAUCGCCACUCAAAUGGUUUCACAGGUUUCAUGUCAUGGCGGAGAAACGUUCCCUGUGCGGAAUAUUGUCAACCGGGCUUCUCUCAAUCACAUGAUGAGCACUGUUUUUGGUCGGAAAUAUGAACUGAGUUCCUCAAACAACGAAACUGAAGAACUGAUCCAGCUGGUUAAGGAAGGAUAUGACUUACUUGGAAAGCUUAAUUUGUCUGAUCAUCUUGCAUGGUUAUCCGGUCUAGACCUUCAAAGCAUCCGGCUCAGAUGCUCAAAAUUGGUCCCUAAAGUGAACCGGUUCGUCAAUAAAAUCAUUCAAGAACAUAGAAUUCAAUCCGGGGAGAAAAGAAACCGUGAUUUCGUGGAUGUUUUACUCUCUCUCAGUGAACCAGACAGACUAUCAGACCAGGAUAUUGUUGCCGUUCUUUGGGAGAUGAUAUUUAGAGGAACAGAUGCAGUGGCGGUUUUGAUAGAAUGGAUACUAGCCAGAAUGGUACUCCAUCCCGACAUCCAAUCAAAGUUACACCAUGAGCUUGAUCAAGUUGUCGGAAGAUCACGACCAUUGAGGGAAUCGGACGUCCAGAAAAUGGUGUACCUGCCGGCGGUGGUGAAGGAGGUUCUGAGAAUGCACCCACCGGGCCCGCUUCUGUCAUGGGCCCGUUUAUCAAUCACAGACACCACCGUGGAUGGCUACCACGUACCUGCGGGGACCACAGCCAUGGUUAACAUGUGGGCCAUAACCAGGGACCCUGAAGUUUGGGUAGACCCACUAAAGUUUAUGCCAGAGAGGUUUGUGAGGAAGGAUGGUGCUGACGUGGAGUUUUCGGUUUUGGGAUCGGACCUGAGGCUGGCACCAUUUGGGUCGGGUCGGAGGGGUUGCCCGGGAAAGGAAUUGGGUUUGGCAAACGUGACCUUUUGGGUCGGGUCGUUGCUGCACGAGUUUGAAUGGAUGCAACCGGAUCUUGAUAACCCGGUUGAUCUCUCUGAAGUGCUGAGGGUCUCUUGUGAAAUGGCAAAACCUCUCAAGGUUAAAGCACGCCCCAGGCGAGGAUGAAGAACCAAAGGAAGCCAAGGUCAAACAAAAGCUACGUGUGAAAUAGAUUACUCUCACAUGCUUAAUAUUAUGCAAAUAAAAACCAUAUAACAGGUUUCGUUUGAGAACGUUAUAUGGUAUUGUGACUAUAAUUAUGAUUGUAUUGUGACAUAUUAUCACUAAAUGCUAUUAAUAGCAUUUGAAUAAUUAUGUAUUAGAAGUGUUGUGGUGUGGUGUAACAAGUUUUAAUGUUUGAUAAUUAUAAACAAAAUUAUUAUAA